AUGUCAGUACCGACAUUGAAAGGUGUUACUGUCAGUUCUGUGCACAGCGCACUUGUAAUAUUUUAUGCAGUUUCUUUAAAUCUACUGCCAAAGGUCGAACAACGACUCAAUCUCGACGGGAGGGAGAGCCUUGCCGCCGGUGAUGUCUACGUAUGGGAGGAGCGCGAUCUCUCUUCGAACGUUGGCGGUAGCAUGGAGCGUUGGACCGAUGGCAUAAAAUGGGGGACCAGUCGCGUUAGAAAUGACUUUUUGUUCUAUCACGAACGGGACUUUGACCCUCAAGAGCCUCAAGCUGUUCAAGAUGGCCGAUUGAUCAAGCAGACUUUCAGUGUACACUUCCAUAAUCCAGUUGAUCCCGUCAACCGUAUUCGCAAAUGGCAUAUGGUGGCUUACUACAAUCAAUCCACAGUGGAUAGUCUCCUCAAAGUAGAGGAUAUACCCGAACUCGCAAAGCUUCGAGUGCCCGAAGAUAUGUUUCAACCCGCUCGUGCGAGGCGUGGCCAAGGCCGGAAUACCGAGCCAACUAGCCCGACUCAGUUUGCCCAUGUACACUACCGAAUAUCCCCACUGCCCACUUCACCCCAUUCCGGUAAUAGCGGAAUCUCAAGGCCGCAUAGUAGUCCUAGAUCCCCCUACUCCCAUGCGAGCUCAUCUUCCCGGGAUUUAGGGUUCUCUCAAGCAAACGAUCUGCACGGAUAUCGUGGAAGCCAUCCCCUUACGCCGGAACCCGUAGGCCGUCCCGCUCCUCUACGUAGAGCAGUGACAUCCCCCGGUGAGAAUAUUCAAACCACAGUUCCUCCAGAAGAUGCGAAGCAAACCGGCGGUAGCUCUCCGCUCGACACCGGCAAUCGUGAGAAUGCCCGGUCGAUACUUCCACGCAUCUCAUCAUCUUAUCCACCCUCCGGGGGAAUUCCAGAUCCUCGUAUAAUCCUUCCACUUCCGGUCGUUUCCCGUGUUACUGGAAUUCCUCGUAUUUCUGCGGACGACAAGGCAUUGAGUGCAUUGCAAACGCGAUUUAUGAAGUAG